CAAAAUAGAAACUGUCACUGUCACUCAGUUUCAGAAUUCAAUUAUGAAAAAUUAAUUUGUUGGUGUUUUCCUGUAAAAGUAUUAACAUUUUCUUAUAUUACGUGUAAUACCUAGUGUAACCGUCAUUAUUUGGUGAAAUCCUAACCAAACACUUACCACAGAAUGGGCGAUUCCAUAGACGAGUACUUCGAGGUAGCACUGGAUCUGGUCAAGACCGCCGGAAACCUUAUAAAUGAUCAUGUAAGUGGAUGUAAAACCUUCGAAUUGAAGUCUUGUGAUAUCGAUUUAGUCACAGAAAUAGACAAGAAGGUAGAAGACACUCUAAUAGGUGGCUUAUCUAAGAAGUUUCCAACACACAAGUUCAUCGGCGAAGAAACAGUGUCCGCAGGCGGCAAGUGCGAGCUGACGGACGAGCCGACGUGGGUCAUCGACCCUGUGGACGGCACCAUGAACUUCGUCCACGGGUUCCCUCACAGCUGCAUCUCUCUUGGCUUGCUCAUCAACAAGGAGUCAGUGGUCGGUAUCAUCUACAAUCCAAUCCUUAACCAGUUGUUCACUGCGCAGAAAGGUAAAGGAGCAUUCUGCAACGGCCGACAGAUCCAUGUGUCUCAAACCAAGGAAAUCAGUAAGGCUCUAGUAACCACAGAAACUGGCACAAGCAGGGAUGAGGAGAAACAGAAGGUUGUGUUUCAAAAUCUUCAAGUAAUGAUUGCCAAAGGGCACGGUAUCAGAUGCUUGGGAUCUGCAGCGUUGAACAUGGCCAUGGUGGCACUGGGAGGAGCUGAUGCCAACUAUGAGUUUGGUAUUCAUGCGUGGGACAUAGCUGCUGGGGACAUCCUGGUACGGGAGGCGGGUGGUGUCUGCAUCGACCCUGCGGGUGGACCAUUUGAUGUGCUGUCACGCAGAGUCCUCUGUGCAAGCACACCUGAAUUGGCUGCUGAGAUGGCAAAAGUGUUAGUUCAAUUCUACCCUGAAAGGGAUUAAAUUUUCACCAAAGAAUUAUUUAUGGGUUAUCUUAUUCAGAUUAAAUGUAGAUUUGUAUGCUGCUGUAUCUUUCAUGACAAGUUAGUGAAUGUAUUUAUUAUAUCUGAAUCUCUUAAUAAGAAGUAGAAACUAUGGGUAUACUUUAUGGGUAUGAUUCAGUGAAACAAUUAAUCUCUGUUGUUAUACAAUUUAUUGAAUCACAGAAAAAUAUUUAAAGUUUUAUGUGAUAAUGUAUCUUACAAAAUGUUUACCUAUAUUACAUAGGAAUUUAUGUACUUAAAUAUUUAAGUAAAUUACAUGUAUUUAUUCUAAAAAC